AUGGCUUUGACUAUACUUGACUUGGGCGAGGAUAUACUAACGUAUGCCAUUUCAAGGCAUCUCUCACCCGACGACAUAUUCAAAUUCUUCACUUUAAACUCUACACUAUACAAACUAUUUCAAUCAUCAGCAACCAUUUACCAGUUGCUCUAUAAUAAAAAGUUUACAAACAACGAAAACAACUACACGCUUAACUUACAGCAACAUCUCAAUUGGAAGCAGCUAUGGCAACUAAGGUGCAACAUCAAUCAAGAAGUCUUUACUUGGGGCGAGAGUAAUGGGGGACGAUUGGGAUACUUGUCCACGAGAAUUGAUCAGUCACAUGUCCUGAGGAAGUUGGGCGGUUGGUCAGUGCACACCCCGACCAAUGUACCUGAGUUUAAUCGACACCUCAUUGUAGAUCUCAAGGCGAAUGGGUACAGCUUUAUCAUAUUGUUGAACAAUGGUGAGUUGUGGUUUACCGGCAUGGAUUGGAAACGCCCUCAACAAGGAUUAUCGACCCCUGGGCCAGUAAGAGCCAAAGAUUACAAGCCUAAUCCUGGGACAAUGGCAUUAAGUAGUAUGAACAACAAUGUUGACGACAAUGUUGGAGGUAGAAGAGGUAUAAGACCUGGCACAUUUGCUGGAGGUCGCGGUAGAUUCGGUGUGAUGCCCAUGCCGAUGCCGGGAAGAUUUACCGAUGACGACGAGGAAGACAGUGAUGAGGGUGUCAUUGGUGGUAAUGGUGGUAAUGGUGAUACUCCACAGGAGGGAUCAAGCGGGGCCAAUGCGGCUUCACCAGGAGCUUCGUCGUCGCUGUUGCCACAGUCGAGGAGAAUGCUCCAACCAAGCGACACUAGACCUAAAUUGAGACAUGCGCCUUCCAAGAUACAAGAGACGAAUUUCUUAUCCCGGAUGUUUCUUCCACCGGUAAAUGGGCCAGAUGAUCGAAAAAUCAUUUCCAUCAGCACGGGACGCGAGCACAUUGUUGCUUUAGAUGAUAAGAAUAACGUAUACACGUGGGACACAGGAUGCAACUCAAAUAUUGGUAUCCAUGUCCAGUUUCCUGGUAUACCGGAAAGCGUCAGCGUGGUUAAGGUUUCAGCUGGCUGGAACUUGUCUGCAUGCCAAGUAGAUGGUGUGGGGCUAGUUGUAUGGUACACAAGAGAGCCAUUGACUAAGGAACAAUUUGACCAACAGAAUUAUCAGAGUAAUGUUAAGUACCUGGUCAUACCUGGAACCGAGAACAACGUGGUUGAUUUCACUGUUGGUGCUGACUAUGUAUUAUUCAUCAAAAAAUCCGAUUCCAAAUUGUACCAAUUCAGAUUGCAUGCCCAGGAUUUUGCAACAAGAGAUAAUGAGCGAUUGGAUGCCAAUGAUUUGAAACUGAUGAUUACCCCUCUUGACAAUUUCAACAAUUGGCUCGCUCAGCAGGAAGCAAGCAUUGAAUUUACACGGUUGAAUAGUUGUUUCACAAACUUUGUCGUGUUUACCAAUCACGACCAAGUUUUGAUUGGGUCAAAUGCUCACUUACUUUACAAUAUCAAUGACGAGACUCAGGAGCAAGGAAAGGUUCCGGUUUUAAUACCCGAUUUGCAAGGACAGAAUAUCAAGUCGGUUGAAAUUGGCGAUUACCAUUAUUUGGCAUUGACAAACGAUGGAUCUGUACUUAGUUGGGGAACUGAAUCACGCUCAUGUGGGUGUUUGGGUAUUGGACCAAGAGAAUUGGCGGCAGCUGAAAACCCUGAGACUGUUGUUGAGCACGGUGCAAACUUGGAAGUUAAACUGCCCUUGCAUGUAAAGAAACCAAAGGGCAACAGGGUCCAUGGUAAGUGGGUUGCUAUUGCUGCUAGUGGAUGGCAAUCGGGUGGUAUAUACGUUCCACUAUAUGAUUGA